AUGUCAUUGAGUUCGCCUACAACAGGAAGUCCAACAAAAUCUCCUCAACAUCAUCAUACUCAUUCUCAUAGAGACUAUAAAGGAUUCUUUAAGAGGCAUUUUUCCUUAAAUAAGAAAUCUGAAGAAGACGAAGGGGAAAUUAGAAAAUCAUUUCAAGAAGUUUCAUCCUCUUCAACUAGAAAUAUUAAUGAAGAUAUGGCAAACCUUUCACUUCAGACAGAUGCCAAUAAUAUUGUACCUUUGGUUAAUCCGGGUCAUAGUGAUCCUACUGUACAACAUACAGAACACGUAUUAACUCCAAAGACUGAAGAAGUUCCAUUGAAUAUUUCAGAUUUAGCGGAUACAACGGCAAAAAAUAAUAAUAAUAAUACUAAUGUAAAUGAUGCUAUUAAGACUACAACAAAUGAUGCUAAUCCAACUAUAAUGUCCUUGAAACAAAAUUUGUUAGAUACAACGGAUGUAACAAUGGCGCCUUCGAUAUCUGAGGACUCAACAACAACAUCGACAGAUACUAAUCAUAUUAUAAUUCCUCAAUCUGAAGGAACUACAGUGAAUGAAAAUAAUAUAAGUGAAUCCCCUUAUGGUAAAAAGCAAAGUCAUCCAUACCAAUAUGAAUAUUUCCCAUUGACAAGUGAUAAAAAUAGUAAUAGUAUUGAUGAAGAUGCAGGUGUGUUACAAAAUGAGGACAAAUUGAUUAACCAAGCCAUCUUUCAAAACGUUGUUAAACGUGACAUGAAGAGGAAAAGAAAUGAUUCAAUGUCAAGUGGUAAUACAGGUGCUAAGUUAGCAAUGACUCAAUCAAAGGAAACGAAAAGAGAACAAUCCGUAGAAUCAUCUCCAAAAGAGAAACAAAAGAUGUCUGCUACAGCGGCAAUCAUGAUGAAAUUAUAUAAUAAUGAUACACAAAUUAAAAAUGAUAAAGCUAAUGAGGUAUACAAACGUGCUGAUUCAUUAAAUGGUAACAACAAUAAUAACAGUGAUGUCAACUUUGAAGAAUCCUUAAGAAGGAGACAAGAAAAUUACGCUUUGAAGGAAGCUGAACAAUUAGAUGGACCUCAAUCAAAGGAACUAGAUGUUAAGUCUCCUUCCAUAGUUCCAGAAAAUAAAAAAUUGAAAAUGAAAAAGACAAUUACCACAGAAUCAUCAUACUCUUCAGAUACUGACUCAGACAUGGACGAAGAUGAAGAAGACGUAGAAGUUAUCUUGAAAUGGAGGGAUAAAAUUUCAGAUAUUGCUGAUGUUAAGAUAUAUGUCAUCUCAAAGGAAAUAGUUUCCACGCUAUUGGCCGUUCAUCCACAUCAUGAAAUAAAUGAAGCAGAUAAGAAAGAAUGUAGAUUACAUAUGAUUUAUGAUCAAAAGCAAAAAGAAUGGUUCGUACCGGGAUUGUUUUUACCUGCCGGUAUUUACAGAUUUCAGUUUUCUAUUAACGGUAACUUGACCCAUUCAAACUAUUUACCAACCGCAACUAAUACUUUAGGUAGCAUAGUAAAUUGGUUCGAAGUCCUUCCUGGAUAUGAACAAAUUGAACCAUACCGUGAUUAUGAUAAGAUUAAUUCUAGUUCAAUAAAUCUCUACGAUGAUAAUGGUGAUAAUACAGCUCAGAGAACCUAUUCAACAGCAUCAUUGACAGAUUAUGCUGGUAUUAGUAGAUCAAAUUCAAUGAUUAAUAAAUCUUCAGGAUCAACUUUAAGGAUUGCCAAUUACUUCAAUGCAUUACAACCUUUAACCCCCAAGAAACCAGAAUAUAGUAAUGAGAUUCCUGAACUAUUUAAGUUUGACACUGAUUUAACAGGUCCUCCACCUCAGCCAGCUGAUGUGAAUGCACCUUUUGAUAUGACACUAUCUAAAGUUGUCGAUUGUAAUCAAGAUGAAUUAUUUGCCAAUAUGCAAAGAGUCGCCAAGAUGAGCGCAGAUGAAGCUGAGAAAUUUUUCCUAACCAAAUUUAAAGUAGCAGAGCUUCCUGUGUACUUAAAUUCGAAUUAUUUGAAUAAAAACUUUAGUAAUGAAGUUAACCAUAUUAUCCCACACGUCAACUUGAAUCAUUUAUUGACCAGUUCUAUUAAAGAUGAGAUCAUAUGCGUCGGUUGCACUACAAGAUAUGCAGGAAAAUUUAUUACACAAGUCAUGUAUGCCCCAUGUUCUUCUCAACCAAACACAAAAUAG